CUUGAACAUACAUAAAAACAUCUUAUUAGAACGGAAUUGUUUGUUACAGGAACAAAGAAGUAGUAGCUAGUUCCAGUGGUGAUCACAAAGGCACAAGCUAGCAACGCUCACAUAUGGCGCGCCGUUGCUAUUAGAGAUUAAGGGGAAUAGUGUGUGGUGUAUCUUUACAAACAUAACAUCAAUCUGAUUAGAUAUGAACGGAAUGAUGGCAGAGCCCGAAUGGGAUAGAGAUUCGGAUCACGAUGAGGAAGGGAAAAGUGACGAUGAUUCAACUGUGUUUAAUGAGCUUAAGGAGACUUUAUACAGACGCGAUAUAGAUGCGAUUGAUAAAGAGCUAAAGGAACUCGAGACCAAUACCCAUGAAGCGCAUAAUGCCGAGGUCAAUGAAUUGGAGAUGCAGAAGGAGAAACGACUGGAACAGUGCAAGAUCUACUCGCGGUAUCUCACACAAUGUGUGAAUAGUAGGUUCAAUAAGCAGAAGAAAGAAUCGGAGGAGGCCUUGGCGAAGGCAAUUGGU